AGGGGCGGUGCAGGAGGAGAGAUGCUGAGGAGGCACAGCGGAGGAGGAACAACAGGUCUCUGCCGCACGCUGCGGAGGUUUUAAUGCGGAAAAUCUGCACAGAAAGCUCAGAGAGAGUCCGGAGAGGAACCGAUGAGAGGUGCCAAAACCACCUGAUGCUGCAGACUAAUCUGGUCACCUGGGACUGAACACACACACACUCACACACACACACACUCACACACACACACUCACACACACACACACACACACGGACGGCCAACAUGGCGUCUGACCCGCCUGUCUUGACGGAGCAGCAGGAGCUGCAGAGGAGAGCCAAUCAGGUCACAGAUGAGUCCCUGGAGAGCACGAGGCGGAUGUUGCAGCUGGGUGAGCAGAGUAAAGAUGCUGCGAUCAGAACUUUGGUUAUGCUGGACGAACAAGGAGAGCAGUUGGACCGUAUUGAGGAAGGCAUGGACUCCAUCAACAGGGACAUGAAAGAGGCGGAGAAGAAUCUGACAGACAUGGCCCAGUGCUGUGGUCUGUGUAUCUGGCCAAUCAGGAAAUUGAAGGCCUUUGAGGAGAGCUCGGCGUACAAGGCGGUGUGGGGAGGAGGCUCCGCUCAGGACGGCGUCGUUUCCAAUCAGCCGCCGUCGUCUCACGUGGUGGACGAGAGGGAGAUAAUGAUCAUGAGCGGAGGAUACAUACGGAGGGUGACCAACGACGCCCGAGAGGACGAGAUGGAGGAGAACCUGACUCAUGUCGGCAGCAUCAUCGGGAAUCUGAAGAGCAUGGCGCUGGACAUGGGCCACGAGAUCGAUACCGGGAACGUCCAGAUCGAACGCAUACAGGGAAAGGCUAUCCUCAACGUGUCCCGCAUCGACGCCGCCAACCAGAGAGCCAACAACCUCAUUAAACGAUAGAAGGAGCUGCUCCUCGUUCUCCAUCCUUCCUGCAGUCACUGUGCUUCUGCAUGCUGUGCCAAAGUGUCUCUGCUGUGACUGCACUCGCGUUCGACUGUCUCCUCUUUAUAUCUGAUAGCGGUAGCUCUUUUGUUGUUGUCUGUUCCUGUGGGGGAUUGCACAGCGUUAUAUAUAUAUACACACACACAAAUCAAUAAAGUGGUUCACAAAAAGAGGUGAAAGUGUGCAGAGGAACACAGCGGCAGGCGGCUCUGGAGCUUUCUAUAUGUGUGUCAGCAAAUAUCUUAAAGAAAGCAUUAAAUAAAAUACUUUAUCAGCAACCAGUUUAUUUCCCAAUGUAAACAUCAUUGUGUAACCCCCCCCCCCCCCCUUCUUCCUGUAGUCAGGGUGAAACACGUGCAUGAUGGCGCCCUCUGCAGGCGCAGCCGGGUGUCGCCCUCAAGAAGGAAACACGUUAUUUGUCCCCAGAGGAAGAUCUCUGGUGACACCAAGCGGACGAACGUGGAACCGCCUUCCCUCCUGAACCUCUCCAUCUUCUUCCCUCUCUUCCCCCCCCCAACGCUCAUAUAAAAUGGUGGUGAUGAGUGUUUCUGUUGUGGUUCAGUGUGUGUUGGUUAUUUCACUGCAGACGUGUGCUGGGUGUGAGGGUCUUUGUGUGUGUGCGUUAUUGUUCACUGUUCCUAAUGUUAGUAUGUGAGGUACAAGGAGGCUCAUGACCUUUGCUGGUCCCAACAGGGCCUCCAUGUUUGUUACACAGCUGCUCCCAGACAGCGACUGGGGAACUAGAGAGCAUGCAUAUUGAUGUUUUUAAUGUUUUUAAUGGAAUUAAAUGCUAAAAUUUAAUAAAAAUUGUGCGCAAAAAUGUG